ACAGAUUGGAAAUCCUCUCUGUUUUACAGACCUCCCACUGUGGAUGGCAUGAAAGAACUCAACACUCUAAUUGCUUGCCCUCAAGAGCUUACCAGGAUCACUGGAUCAGAACCUCGUUGGACAUCUGCCCUCUUAUCUUUGCAAGCACAUGGAUCCCACAAUGACGGCGGGCACCUGGAGACCAACGAUGGCUUUCACACUUUUACUGACUUGCAUUAUAGGACUGGGUUUUCCAAAGUCCAGAAAGCUACUCAGGACAACAGAUUGAAUAAUUGGGGUUCUCGUAUCACUCACACCGACAACAUCUUAAACUGUAUCUUUGAUCUUUGCACUAUUCUCGACAGGUUAACGGGUGGCUCAACUAUCGUAUUGCACCAUCCAGGUGCAACAUCACCGAACGCAGAUGUUGUACCAGAAUCCCUCAAAGCUGAGGUGUACAUCAACCCUAGGGUCCUUGCCAAGCAUCAAGAGCUCCACCCAGUACUCGCACAGAUUACACAGACCUUCAUCGCUGACUAUGCGACUCCAUUGGCACAUGCCUUUGCUGUGACUCGCAGUCGCAAGUGGGGUAAAUCAAACACUCAACAAACACCUUUGAAAGGCAAAGCGACUCCUUCCAAGGGCAAGGAAAAGAUUGAAACCAUACUGCCUCUAGUUCCCUCACCAGUAUCUCCAAACUCUGCGCACUUUGUCUUUCAUGGACAUCCAGCUGGUUCUUUA